AUGGAGGAGAUGGAUGCUCCUGCUCGGUUUAAACAGCUUACCGGGGAUAGUGCCGCUGUUAUGCGGGUCUUGGAGAUGACCCAAGUGUUCUCUAAGAGGAACACAGUGUCCGCUGCUGCGCUAAAGAAAGUGGAGUCAGACAAGAAGGCUGCCGAGGACAAGCUGGCCAAGGCGGAGGCUGCCCGGGAGAGGGUGACGAAGAGGGUAGAGGAGGUGGUGAAGAAAAAGGAUGAGGAGUUGGAGGCGGAGAAAAAAAGGUCUGCCGAUCUUGAGGCGUCUUGGGUGCCGACGACGGAAGAGUUCGAGGAUGCAGCCGGAUUGAGGUCCAGAGCCGAGCUUGUUGAGAAGAUCGAUAAACUCAAGCUCGAUUGUGUUGAGAUGGUUGAAGCUGGGUUCAGCCGCGCAGUUGAGCAACUGAAACUUCUGAAUCCGGAGUUGAAGGUAGACAACAUCGGGCUCUCGUUGAGGAUCAUGGACGGACAAUUGGUGCCUGACUCUCCGGCCGAGGACGAAUGA